AUGAGUCUUCCACAAACUGCUCCUGCUGCAACUAGUCCUCCCCCACAUCUGUAUCCACAGGAGCUACAGCUUAAGCUUUACCAAGCCUUUAUAUUCUCAAUUCCUAUACUCUUCUCCAUCAUUCUGUUUCUCUUGUUUUACUUGUUUUACCUCAAGAGAAGGGCUUCCUCUCUCUCUUCAUCCUCUCCUCACUUGCUUCCAAGGACCAUUGCCAAUCCACCAACCACCACUCCCUAUCAUUCAUCACCUUGUCGUUUGGAUCUGACCCUCCAAUUCCUAGAUAAGCUUCCAAGGAUUUUAUGUGAUGAGGAUUUGCUAGCAAGAGAUUCACUGUGUUGUGUUUGUCUGGGGGAGUUUGAGGUGAAGGAAGAGGUGGUGCAGAUUCCUUAUUGCAAGCACGUGUUCCACUUGGAUUGCAUACAUCACUGGCUGCAAUCAAACUCCACUUGUCCACUUUGUAGAUGUUCCAUCAUCCCCACUACCAAGUUCAUCAACCCAGAACCGCCUAUUAAUAUUAUAUCAGACCCACACCAGCAUGGUGCUAUCGUUUCAGACUCUCCAUUGCACACUCCAUCAUUGCUACCUCACCCACGAGAUCAUCAUCAACUUGGUGCUUCCUCAAAUGCUGCUAAUCAGUUUGCUAGCUAG